GGUUUGGGGAGUGUGAGUGGGAGGUGCUGGUGAAGUGGCCGCUCCGGUCUCACCUGUGUCACUGUCACCUGUCUCUUCCGCCGGAACCGAAAUGAUCCGAUUCCUCUUACUCUUCAGUCGCCAAGGGAAGUUACGAUUACAAAAAUGGUAUGUUUCAAUUCCUGAAAAAGAAAAGCGGAAGAUCUCACGGGAGUUGGUCCACAUAAUUCUGACUCGAAGUCCUCAAAUGAGCAGUUUCAUUGACUGGAAAGACCUAAAACUUGUAUACAAAAGGUAUGCGAGUCUCUAUUUCUGCUGUGCAAUUGAAGACCAGGACAACGAACUGCUUACACUGGAGAUUGUGCAUCGGUUUGUAGAACUGAUGGAUAAAUAUUUUGGGAAUGUCUGCGAACUGGAUAUUAUAUUUAACUUUGAAAAAGCAUACUUCAUGUUGGAUGAAUUCCUCAUGGGUGGAGAGAUUCAGGAGACUUCAAAAGAGUCUGUGGUUAGAGCCAUUGAAGAUUCAGACAUGUUACAAGAGACCAUGGAAGAAUAUAUGAGCAAACCAACUUUUUAAAAGUGAAGCAGAAAAACUCAGAUCAAUUAGAACGAGCAGAGCCUUAAUUGUGAAAAUCCAAGCAGCUGUAAAACUAAAGCAACACUUUGAUGCUCUGAUUGACAAGAUGGCUGCCAUCGCUGGACAUAAUACUACUCAGAAAUGGGACGCUGACACUAGUACAAGGGACAUGAUUACUGUGACAAGCCUACUCAGCCCUUUACCACUGAAUGGACCUAAACUAUCACAAUGCAAUGGAAAUAAACUUAUGCAAAAAAAGUCUUGCUUUUUAAAGAAGAAAUAAAAUAUUUUUAUACAUAA